CAAAACAUGUGAUUUGAUCAACUCAUGUGUUGUCUACAUGUUUCAUAUGCUGCUGGAUUGGCUAUUUCUGAUUGAUAGGAAUUUCUGAUGUCCCUAAUCUGCAUGCGUUGGAUAGGAAUUUCUGAUUGAGUUGCAGGCAAGAAUCCUUUGUUCUUAACCAUGUCUGCUCAAAUGACCAACCCUGUACUGUUAUGCAAUAAUCCUUUGUUCGAACACUACACUCACAUCCAGCAAAUAGUAUGAUACCUUUUGGUAAACUUCCAAAGUAUCAUCAGGAUCCUACAACAGAAGAGUUAGCCAAAACACUCGAUUGUUGGCCAUCAAUGAAUUAUUAUAUCACGGGUUGUAGAUAUGUUCUCAUGCCAUGGAAAUUCAAUGGAUGUUACGCCCUUUUCGUAAUAGAUCAUGUUAAAAAGCAUGUGACUUUUAUUGAUUUUACACCGACUCAAGAUUGGUGUAAACACAUGCCAUACAAGAGGUUCGCGGAAGCGAUUAUCAUGGCCUCAAAAAAAUAUAAGAUUGCUUACAGCAAGAAACGUUCUGCAUGGGCGGAGGAUAUCUUUAAGUGGGAACAUACAAUUCAGACUGGUGUUCCAAUUGACUUAAGAGGGUUUAAUACCAGCUACCUCGUUCUACAAGCUAUGGCCAUGUGGGGGAAUGACAGACGACUGAAAUUUGUUGGGGAUGCAAAGACUCUUCGAAGGAACUUUGUGAUUGAUCUUUGUCGACAUAUUUGUCUGUAA